CUGUCGUAUCGAAGAAGAAGUAAAAGAUAUUCGUAUCUAAGGACAAACUAAAACGUAGUCGUUAGGUCGUCGCGUUACAUGAUCUGUCUCGUGACAGAGUUAUGGCAUUUAACAAAGAUUUGGAUUACGCGAUCGGUUGGAAUCGAUUUAAUCUAAAAUUUCUUGGUGUUUGGCCGGAUUUCGAUCAGCUCGAUAAAAAUAUCGGCUUUACGAAAUAUCGUUGGAUCGUACACGCAUUUUUCAUGCUAGGAUUCAUAAUCAUACCACAAACGGCGUACCUGGCAAUAAUUUGGGGCGAUCUCGAUCUAAUGACGGAAGAUUUAGCAACGGCGAACGUUCCAGUUACGAUGGCUUGCAUAAAACUUUUCGUUAUUUGGUAUCACCUUAAAACUCUGAAUCCUCUUCUCGGUGCUUUUGUCGAUGAUUGGAAUAGAUCGAAGAGCGAAGAGGAGAGAUCAAUUAUGCUGAGCAACGCUAAAAAGGCGAGAAUUAUAUCGAUGUUUUGUACGAUUAUGAUACAAAUUAUGACGACGAUAUACAUACUUCUUCGAAUCAUCAUGAUCGCGCAAAUGCAGAGGGAUCAGAUGGAACCAGCUCGAACUCUAAUCUGUCCUGCUUAUUUUCCGUACGACGUAAGGAGAACUCCGUUGUUCUAUUUAACGUAUACCGGACAAAUUUUAGCGGCAUACAGCGCGACCGUCUCUUAUACAGGCGUCGAUAGUUUCAUAUCGAUGUUGGUUCUUCAUGUAUGCGCACAAAUUUCGAAUCUCAGGUUAACUCUCAAAACGUUGGCGGACGAAAGAAGCACAAAAGAAAGGAGGGCCGAUAACUUUGUACAAAAAUUGGCGUUAAUCGUGAAGAGACACGAACAUCUCAAUUGGUUCGCCCAGUCGAUCGAAAACUCUUUCAAUGUGUUGAUGCUCGUUCAAAUCAUGACUUGCACCAUGCAAGUGUGCUUUCAAAGUUAUCAAGUUUUGACAAUAUUAGGAGAAAACGAAGACGAGUUUCCUACUGUUCAAUUGUGUUUCCUGAUACUAUUUGUAGCCGUUACUCUGUUACACUUAUACAUUUACUGUUACGUGGGUGAAAUGUUAAUUGUUCAGAGCUCCGGUAUGAGCGAAUCGGCGUACGAAUCUAAAUGGUGCGACUUGUCUCCGAAGGAAGCGAGGAAUCUUCUAUUCGUAAUGCGCCGAUCAACGAUACCACUUCGUUUGACCGCAGGAAAAUUUAGCACGUUCUCCAUGAAAACGUUUAGCGACGUGAGCGAAUAUGGCUAUACGUGCGAACAAAAGUUAUUGUCAGAACCUCAAUGGGAUAUCUUUCGCAUGCGUGAUAUUCAACUCUUUCGAGAAAACAAAUUUCCCGCAGUUCGACCGAACUCCCCGUGCCAAUCUUACGACAAAUUUGAUAGUUUAUUUUUCUUCGAGUUUAUACGACUGAAAAGACAAAUGGAUUACGCCAUAGGUUGGAAUCGUUUUAACUUGUCGGUGUUAGGAGUUUGGCCUGAACCAUCGAAGACGACGUUUCUAUGGCGAUUAACGUCAGCCGGUAUAUUUUGGACGAGCACUACCGUGACCCUUUUAUUCAUAUGUGCACCACAAACGGCAGAUCUGAUUCUGAAUUCAACCAGUCUGGACGAAGCCAUAGAAAAUUUAUCCAUCAACAUACCAAUCGCUUUCGCUGUAAUCAAGCAAAUCGUUUUGCGGUAUCACGGAAAAGCAUUGAAAUCAUUACUCGUCGAGAUAGUUAACGACUGGAGUCAGAAGCAAGCAGAAUCAGAACGUUCGAUGAUGUUGAAAAAUGCUAAAUUGAGUCGAACGAUAUCUCUCUUUUGUUCUACUUUGACGUAUCUAAUGUUGACCGCCUUCAUAUCGCUUCAAACUUAUGCGAAUAUGGCUAGUGCCUCCGAAGUCGAUCUAGGAGGACUUUUGCAUCCAGCGAUCUUUCCAUACGACACCAAGAAAAGUCCUUAUUUUGAGAUCACUUGGUUGGGACAAUUCAUGGGAACGAUUCUAACGGCCAUCUGUUAUUCUUGCUUCGAUACUUUUCUCGCAGUCUUUGUUUUGCAUUUGUGUGGACAACUGUCGGUUUUGCGAUCGCAUUUAAAAGAAUUGGCGGAGAUAGCGAAGCGUGACGUCGCUCUGUUUCAAAAUAGACUCGGCUACAUUGUGAACAGGCACGAACAACUCUACAAAUUCGCCAUAAUAGUCGAGGAUUGUUUCAAUCUUACUCUACUAGGACAAACUUUGAUUUCGACAGCUAUGUUCUGCCUGACGGGAUAUCGUAUGAUCACGUCGAUGGAAGGACAGGAACAAGAUUUGCCGAUAGUAGGACUGAUAUUUUACAUCAUUCAUGUGACAUACACGAUGUUGCAUUUAUAUAUAUAUUGUUACGUUGGAGAAACUCUACUGGUCGAGAGCACUGGAAUAGCUUUCUCCGCUUACGAUUGCGAAUGGUAUGACUUGCCACCAAAAAAGGCAAUCUGCUUACUGAUAGUAAUUUGUAGAGCAAGAAUAGCAUUUCAAAUCACUGCUGGAAAAUUUUGUCCAUUUUCGUUAGAAUUGUUUGGCGCUAUCAUUAAAACAUCCGCCGGAUAUUUAUCGGUAUUACUAGCUAUGACAGAUAAUCCCGUAGAAGUGUAAUAAAAUAUUAUUACUUUAUUUAUAACGAACAAUCAAUC